AUGCCUGCCCCUGUUCAGAAAUACAAGGCUGCGGCUGUGCAAGCGGAGCCAGGUUGGUUCGACUUGGAAUUGUGUGUGCAGAAGACCGUGCACUAUAUCAAUGAAGCAGGCAAGGCUGGUUGCAAGCUGGUAGCGUUCCCAGAAGUCUGGAUUCCAGGGUACCCAUACUGGCUCUGGAAGGUCAACUAUCUGGAGUCCCUUCCGAUGAUCAAGGCGUAUCGCGAGAACAGCUUGGAGGUUGAUUCGGAAGAGAUGAAGCGUAUCCGUAGGGCGGCGCGAGACAAUCGAAUUUACGUCUCCAUGGGCUUCUCAGAGAUCGACUAUGCAACCUGCUUCCUCGCACAAGUGCUGAUUGGACCGAACGGAGAGGUCCUCAAUCAUCGCCGCAAGAUCAAGCCAAGCCACGUCGAGAAGCUCAUUUACGGUGAUGGUUCCGGCGACACUUUCAUGUCAGUCACCCAGACGGACAUUGGUAGGCUGGGCCAGCUGAACUGCUGGGAGAACAUGAAUCCCUUUAUGAAAUGUUUGAAUGUGUCCUGUGGAGAGCAAGUUCACAUCGCUGCUUGGCCCAUUGCCGCAGGCGAGUGCACGCGGCAGUCUCCAGACACGGCGACCAACACGGGAGAGCAAUGGGCUGAUUUGAUCACGCCGGCAUAUGCCAUCGAGACGAAUGCGUGGGUCCUAGCCCCCUUCCAGCGCAUCAGCGUGGAGGGUAUCAAGAAGUGUACGCCGCCAGGGACAGAACCGGAGAAGGAUCCAAGUCACUACAACCACCGGACACGCAUCUUCAAACCUGACGGGAGCUGCGUGGCCAGUGCGGACAAAGAUUUUGUUGGCCUGCUGAUGGCGGAUAUCGACCUGAACGAGUGCCACAUUCCCAAGGCUGUCCACGACUACGGCGGGAUGAGCUACAUGCGCCCAGAUCUGAUCCGUCUGCUCGUCGACACGCGCCGUAAGGAAUUCAUCACGGAGGCGGACGGGCCUGCGGGCAUCCAUUCUUACUCGACACGGGAGAGGCUACACUUGAACGAUCCUCUUGACGAGAAGCCGCUUUCCAAGGAGGAGCGAGGCAAGAAGAUUGAAUUGGCACCGAAGUAUGAGUCAAAUGUCAAACCGGCGUCCUCGAAGCUUGAGAUGAUGCGAAAUGGAGCGCCCAUGGUAAAAUGA